CUCUAUCCUCCGCGACGAUUUUUCUGCCGACCAUCGGCAAUCAUGGGCGUCACACACCAGUACCCUGGGCCGCUUCCCAUGUCUACUGUAUGGACUUACUGUACCGCCUCCAGCCAGUCACGCCGCGGGCCGCUGCCCGACGUGGCCCGACCGCGCUGCGGCUGAAAACUAUUGCGAAGGCUUGCAGGAGCCGAGUCGCCAACAACGCCUCAUCUUGCGGGCCCCCAACUACCAUAUCCGCUCCGAAGCCAGGCAUAUCGGGAGGAGCCAGGGGUGCGGGCGCGCGAGUGCGCCUCGCGGCUGAUGAACGGGGGGAGGGGCGUCGGAUCGGUUCGAGGCCCUGGUGUCGAGCACCUCUCGUGAAUGUAGCUCCGGCAUAGCUGCUGCUGUGUGGAGUACAUGAUGAACCACGCUGGGCUGGACGGUGUGGCAUGGUAUAAGGAGACGAUGACGGCCGCGCGCGGCGUCGCCCCGAGCGAGACCCCAGCUCGAUGCACCCACGCACUGCUUCGUUCACAUACCGUGGUCGGCCAUAGCACGCGAGGCAAACCGACUCCCCCGGCCGCAACACGUCGGCAAUCGCACGCAGCAGAUCAAAGGCAACGCACGCAGCACAGCAAGGCAACGCCGUCGUAGCAGCAGCAGCAGCAGCAAUGUCGGAGCACGUCCUCAAGACGCCCGCGUGGGUGUUUGCCGUGCGCAUCGCGCAGGUCCUCGGCUCGCUCAUCGUCCUCGGACUGUCCGCCUCCAUCAUCCACGACCUGUACCUCGACGAGCUCGGCCUCGCCAUCGCCGUGUCCAUCAUCACCUGGAUCGUCGUCGCGUAUGCCCUGUCCACCGAAAAGGUGUCGGCCUGGCACGUCGGCUACCACGUCCUCGCCGUCGUCGUGCUCGACGGCUUCAUGCUCGUCAUGUGGCUCGCCGCCUGGGCCGCCGUGGCCGCCCGCCGCGCCACCUUCCGCAUCCCCACCAGCGUGAGCGAGUGCUUCGACAACGGCGACCUCGUCAACAGCAAGAGCUGCAUGCGCAAGCGGGACAUUUUCCGGCGCGACAUUCUCUUCAAGAAGGGCCAGGCCCAAAUGUCCGCCGCCGCCGGCAUCGGCGCCCUCGUCUGGCUGCUCUUCAUCGUCACCUUCGUAUGGACCAUGGUCAACUUCCUCCGCGGCCGCAAGGACGGGCGCUUCCCCAUCGGCGCGCCCUCGAGCGCCGGCGCCGGCGGCAGCGCCGAGCCCAAGGUCGAGCAGCAGCCCAUGGUCCCCCAGCAGCCGGUCCAGCCCAUGCCGCAGCCCCAGGCCACGCAGCCGCAGCAGCAGCCGCCGUACGGACAGUAUCCCCCGGCCCAGAGCCCGUACCAGCAGCAGCCGCCGUAUUCGCCGCCGCAGACGCAGUCGCCCCCUCCUCCCGAGCAGCAGUAUGCCCAGCCGUACCCGCAACCAUAUCCCCAGCAGCAGCAGCCGCCGCCACAGCCGUAUCCUCAGCAGCAGCAGCCUCCGUACCAGCAGCCGGAGCUGCACGGGCAAAACUAUGUGCCUCCCGCGGCGUCGCCUCCGCCUCAGCAGUACCACCAGCAGUAGACUACGGAGGAUAGGGCUCAGUGGCUGUCGCCGCGUCGCGUGGGUG